UCUUCGUGUUGUGCUUUUGCAACCAACUCCAGCCUCCGGAACCUGGAUUUACCAUCUGUACCGAUGCAUGCACGGAAGCUUAUAGUAGUGCUGGUGUACAUUUUAACCGUGCUGGUGUCCGUGGCGGUCUCAAAGAGGUAUACGUCAGAGAAACGAGUUCAGAACUUAGCGACUUUCAAAACAAUGAUGCGAUAUGGCCGAGGAGGACCCAGCCCCAACAAUAAGGAGAACAAAGUCAACAUCCGCCCCAGAGCCGACGCUUUCUUCCUCGGACCCAGGUAUGGCAAGAGAUCAGGCUGGAGCCCCAACGCGUCGCUGGUUUAUCCUGUCUCCACCCCACUCUGCGGUUUAGAUGAGGAUUUAUCCUGUGCUUAUACCGGCAUCUCAGACUUGUAUCGAUGCACUCCGAGGAAAGGCGAAAGUGAAGAGUUCACAACGUCUUCAAACUGAAUCGAAGAAACUAUUAGGUGAUUAGAUUUAUUAAUGUAACAUUAUCUUGUACUGUUAGACUGGGCUCGCCUUAGGGCUGGGGGCGGACCCAGUUGCUUCCAAUUAUUUUGUUACUAAAACUGUACACUGAGUUGAUGUAUUUCGUGUGCAAUAAAUGAUUAUGUUC